CAGCGCCGUUUAACACGUGAGCCUCAUGUGACAGAGGUAGAUCAGUCUGAGCGGAGAGUCGGAGGGUUUAUUUAACUCGUCGUUCUGUCCUCCCCCACUUUCCCAGCGCGCCACCAAGGCUUGACUUCCUCACCGCUGCGGGACCACGGCGUGGAGAUCGCAGGAACUAACUUUACAGCGUUUUGUUUUUUAAAAAAUGACAGAUUAUUAGACAGUUUUAACCUUUUUUGACGCAUUCUGCGCAUUUUUCGUUGCAUUUUAUCAUUUCCCUUUUUUAUUUACAAAUUGCUUUGCAAGUGCUGAUAGAGCGCGUAAAUAAAUGCGUAUUUAUUUCUGAGUGCUUUUGGAAGAGUACCUCGGUUUUGACAGCAAAAUUGGAAUACAAAGAAUGGAGCGAAUUCCAAGCGCGCAACCACCCCCUCUGUCCAAACAUCAGGCUGAACUGUCAGACGUGCAGGGGAUGGAUUUCCCAAUGUAUGUUUAUAAACCCAGGCGGGGAAUGAAGCGAGGAGAAGAGAGCAAGGAAACCUACAAGCUGCCUCACAGACUUAUUGAGAAGAAAAGACGUGACCGGAUAAACGAAUGCAUCGCCCAGUUAAAAGAUCUAUUACCCGAGCACCUGAAACUAACUACUCUGGGCCAUCUGGAGAAGGCUGUGGUUUUAGAGCUUACGCUCAAGCACGUGAAAGCCCUCACCUCUCUUCUUGAGCAGCAGCAGCAGAAGAUCCUCGCUCUUCAGAACGGCAUGCAAAUCGAGCAGCCUCCCAUCAGCCAGGAGAAGUCAGAGGAGAUGUUCUGCUCUGGCUUCCACAUGUGUGCCAAGGAAAUUCUCCAGUAUCUCGCUAAUCACAAGACUGACGGAGACUUCACCCCAUCCCACGUCAUCAGCCACAUUCACAAGUUAGCUGUAGAGGUGCUGCACAGUCCAGCCCGACCCUGCACCCCUCUUAGCCCUCAACCCGAGGAAAUCCCUGCCUACCAACCUCAUAAAGAAAUGUCUCCCAGCUUAGCCCCUAAGCCCAGCGAGGGCUACGGGAGGAACUGUGUGCCCGUCAUCCAGCGGGUGUACGCUUCACCAAGCGGCGAGCAGAGUGGCAGUGAUACAGACACAGACAGUGGCUACGGAGGAGAGCUGGAGAAAACCGAAUCUGGGGCGCCCCAGGGACAUCCAGAUUAUUACGUUCAUGGGAGCCAGCAGAAGCGACUGCUGGCUGACAGGCAGAACUCCAGCAUCAAGCAGGAGGAUGACGAGCCACGCCACAAACGAGCCCGUGUGGAGUCGUCUGAAGAUGAGCUGCUCUCAGGCGGAGAAUCAUCAACUUCUUCAUCCUCUAGCGGAUAUGGAAGUUUCAUGAGUGCAUCCCCUAACCAUCCACCCCCUCCUCCACAUCCCCUCUGCAUGCCUUUCUACCUCAUUCCACCCUCUGCUGCAGCUUACCUACCAAUGCUUGAGAAAUGCUGGUACCCUGGGGCCAUGCCAAUGCUCUACCCUGGCAUGAGCAGCUCAUCACCUACCAUACCCAGUGAAAGGCCCGGCCCACCUCAGCUUGUGCUGUCUCCCCGGGGAGGUUCUCCAGCCCCAGCCAUAUCUCAGACCCCCAUGGACUCUCCUGCUCUCCUUCAGGCACUCAAGCAAGUACCACCCCUCAACCUGGAAACCAAAGACUGAGAGAUAAAGGCGAAAAGACUGCCCUGAUAUAUUGCCCUGUUCUCAAAACACGACUGAGCUGUUCCAUAAUUCAUAAUCACUCAUCUCCUCUUUUCCUCAGCCUGGAGGGUAAAGCAUCAAAUAAGAGGACUUGUAGAAAGGAUCAAGGAGAGAGAGAGAGGUGAGAGCAGCAUCCUUCCACGCUGAGAGCAAAGCAAAGCUCUGGUUGAAUGUCAAAUGCUCAGUGGUGUUCAGUGGUAUAUAUGUAUCAUAUAAACUGGAUCUGCCCUGUGCACACAUAAACACACAUAUGGUUGAAUGUAAAGAAAGAAAUGUUUUAGCUGCUGCUGUUAAUGUGUAAACACAGAUGAACAUUGACGCAUCUCACUCGCGAUUUUGUAAUUUAGAACGUGUUGCACCAAAUGUUAGCGAUAAUUUGCCUCCCAAAGUUUGUCGCCUAUGUCCUUUGCUCACCAUUAUGAUUACUGAGAUGGAAAAAAAAGCCCUUUCAGCCAUGACCGGCACCACAAAAUACAAGGAUUCCCUCAAAUGUGUACAGACAUGAGCGAGGGUACACCACAUGGUAGAUGAAGGAAUAGGCCGCCGCAUGGCCACGCUGAAUGAGAGAAGUGUCGUUUAUGAUUUAAACAGACACCUAAGAUGGAUUUUUCUGUAAUUAUUGUUCAUAGAUUUAUUGUACAUUUCUAUUUUUGAUACCUUCUCGCACUCUGUCUGCCCCGAGAGGUAUACGAGGAGGGCAGAGUGUGGACAAUGUACGUCGUGUACUCAGAAACUGUGUACAUACUGUAGCACUGUGCUGGACCUGGUCUGCAUACUCGACAUCUGUUUCUGCUCAAGUCAAACCCGGUGUUUGUGCUUGCUGUUGCCUUUUACUUGUGAAAAGCUGAUAAAUCUCAGAUGUUAAUUCUCUGUACUAUGUAUGAAUCUUGGAGACAAAGGAGCAAGGAAGUGAAUGUAAACGUUUUAACCAGAAGACUAGUUUUCUAUAGAAAGAGGUACUUGAGAUUUUAUAUUUUGGGACCUACAUGAAAGAUGUUUGAUGUAAAUAUUUUGUCUAUAAUUGUUGAUAUACAUGAUAUAAGUGUAUUAAUAAAGUAUUUUUUUUCCCGUGGAAA